CGCAUUCGCACACGAUGUGACCCGCGAUGGUACCCGGUUUCGUUAGAUUUUUCGGUCCACCGGCUUAGACCUGGUGCUGGACUAGUGCGCCGGCAUCGGUUUUCGGGGUGGUUUUUCUUUUACUCUUCGCGCAAACGAUGGACGCUUUUGACGGCAUGGACAUCUCGGACGAUUGGCAAAUUCUGUUUACCAUCAACGAACGACAACCGUGUCGUAAAUGUUCAAAGUCUAGGAAAUACUUCUGCUACACGUGCUACACACUGAACGCCGAUUUGGAAAACAAAAUCCCGAGACUCCAGCUUCCGUUCAAAAUCGAUAUCAUCAAACACAGGCGAGAAAUUGCCGGCAAAAGCACUGCGAUUCACGCUGCACUUCUAGCACCCGAUGAUGUUACCAUCUACAUCUAUCCGAACUUACCUAAAUACACCAAGGACAAUAAGGUGAUCCUUGUUUACCCAAGAAAAACUGCUGUCACCUUAAAAGAUAUCUAUAAUUCAAACAAAAAAUCAGAAGAUAACCAUACAAAGAAUUCAAACCGGUUCAUUACACAUGUAUUGUUCAUCGAUAGUACAUGGAGUCAAAGCAAAGGAAUUCUAAAAGAUCCAAUAUUAUCAGGAUUUCCAUGUGUCAGACUACAAACAAGACUAUCUCAAUUUUGGAGACAUCAAAAGGGUACUCCUAGAUGGUAUUUAUCUACUAUUGAAUCUAUCCAUCAAAUACUUAUCGAAUAUACAGAAGCUGAAGACCAAGAAAACAAAUCUCUCAACAAUUAUGAUAAUAUGUUAUUUUUCUUUCGGUUCAUGUAUGAAAAAAUUCAUCAAUUAUAUGAACAUGAUAAGCUAAAAGCUUACAGACGACCAGUUAAUAUAUAAUAAUGUUUCUGUGCAAUUAUAUUUGUUUUUAUAUUUU